CCCAACAAGAAGAACAAGAUAACGGACGACUACAACGACGGAGUUGUGCUGUUUUGUGCUGGCUAUAGCUUGGAUUGCUUUUCCAUUAUUAUCAUCAUUUAAUACAAAAGAGUGAGUGAGUGUAUUGCGUGUUUUGAUGUAGCACUUGGCGUGUUGUGUUGUGAUAUUAGUCUUUGUUAGGCGGUCUUUGUGUCAACAACGUGUUGCUCGGCAUUCUUUAAAAAAAAAUUAUUUAAAACAACUACAACAAUAACUGGAAGAAAAAAAACUCCAGCAAAAUUUUCAACCAAAAGGAUAUUUGAAAAAAAUAAGAAAAAAUGUUCACACUGUGUAGUGACAAAAUAAUAAACGUGCUGAUUUUUUAUUAAAAAAAAAAUUAUGGAAAUUUUGCUGUUUUAGCAAAUGUUUAAAUUGGUUAAAAACAAAAUAAUUUUCUUAAAUUAAAAUUUAAUUUGUGCUAAAAGCAAAAGUUAUAUACAGAAAAAGCAACAAGUUUUUUUAUUUUUGCUGCAAUUUAAAUGAUAAUUUUUUUAUGAAAAAUUAUAAAAACUUUUAACAUUUAUUUACUUGUAUAAUUUAAAAAAGGAUUAAUGUAAAAAAAAAAAACUUAACAAAGAAAAAUUUUAAUCGCUUAUAAUGCAAUUUUAAUUGACCUGUAUAAAUAUAAUGUGUAUCAAGCUUUUUUUCUUUUGAUAAAAAAAAUCCUAUUAAACGAGCAAAUGAUAUAGUGAAAACUUUUUGUGCAAAAAUUAUUAAAUCUUGUUUUAAAUAAUAAUAAUAAAAAACCUAUUCACAUACAUACAUAAAAUUUAAUAUAAAAAUUACCUUUAGAAAAAAAAAAAUUCACAUAUAUAUAUUUUUAUAAAUCAUAAAAGAAAAUUUUUAAAACAUAAAAGAAGUGCAAACAAAAAUAUAAAAAAUAAAAAUUGACAAAAAGUGUUUAAUUUAAGCUGAAAGCAAAAUAAAUAAUAAAUAAAUAGUUUUAAACAAAAAUCGUCUACCCAUGAAGUUAUAUAUUAGCAGAAGUUCGUAGUUCUACAAUAUUUUGUUUAAAAAUCUUGAAUCUGAAGAAAAACUGAUAAAAUUGUAAAACCACAGAAUAUUAUAAACGGAAGACGAGACAUUUUAAUCAUUAACUAAAAAUCACUUAUAAAAUACUUUUUAUUAUAUACAAGAAUAAAAACAAAAUAAACCAAAAUUAAAUAAAUAAAUAACAAACAUGUUAACGACACGUUUAAAUAUACAGCCUUCAAUGGCAAUUGUGCUCAUACUACUUAUCUGCUUAACCUCCAUCAGCUCAGUGGCAUCUAGAUCUCGAGAUAAAGAAGGCAGAAGACGUAAUGAUCGUAUAUCCUCCUCCACCGCCUCCAAUCAGUACAAUACCUAUGGCUCAUCAGUACCCUCAUCGGUGGCCUCUUCAGCGUAUUCCAUUUCAUCGGCAGCGGCGUAUAAAGGACCCAUCGAUGAUACUGGUUUUUGUGUUAGACGUCGUGAUAUGAAACUUAUGUGUUAUUGUACACCGGAUGAAAAUCAUGUACCUGUACAAAAGGCCGAAUGUUGGGUAUUCUCUGAUGGUCUAUUACAAAACGAUACCACCUGGACUAGAUUUUAUCAACAGCCACGUUUACGUGAUUUAAAAUUUGUUAUACAGAAUCAUGGUCGUCUGGACUAUAUACCCACCCAUAUCCUAAAGCCCUUAGAGAAUUUGACUAGCAUAACUAUAGAAUACUCACAAGUGGAAAUAGUACGCAGUCAUGCCUUUGCCAAUCUACAUCAAUUGGAACGUAUUGUCAUGACUUAUAAUCAAAUUAUGGCCUUGGACCAAGAAGCCUUUGCCAAUCACAUACGUUUGAGAGAUUUAAAUUUGGAACAUAAUCAAAUCUUUGAAAUCGAUCGUAAUGCCUUCCGCAAUCUUCCCCUGUGUGAACGUCUCAACAUGAAUAAUAACAAUAUUUCAAAUCUGCAUGAAGGCCUCUUUUCCGAUUUAGUGCGUUUGAUUUAUUUGAAUUUGGCUCAUAAUCAAAUUUCCGUUUUAACAAGUGAAAUCUUUAAGGGUUUGGGUAAUUUAAAUGUUUUGAAAUUGACACACAACAAUAUCAAUUUCAUUGGUGAUACUGUCUUUGCUGAAUUGUGGAGUUUAACUGAAUUGGAAUUGGAUGAUAAUAAAAUUGAGCGUAUUUCAGAGCGUGCAUUGGAUGGUUUGAAUAAUUUAAAAACUUUAAAUUUACGCAAUAAUCUAUUGAAAAAAAUCGAUAAUGGUUUGCUGCGCGGAACACCGGCCCUACUCUCACUCAAUGUGCAAAUGAAUAAAUUAGAAACAUUGACAUUUUAUACCUUUCAGCCAAUUAUGGAUAAUUUGGUCAAUAGUAGUAGUGAACUAUUGGUAAAUGAUAAUAAUUUCAUUUGUGAUUGUCGCCUGCAAUGGUUGUAUGAAUUGAAAAAUCGUACACGUCAUCAACAGUUGCGUGACUCUUUGGAAAAAUUCAUCUGCAAUUUGCAGGAGCCACAUUUGCACAAUUUCAUCGAACCAGUGCCCAAUCAUGUGUUGCAGUUAUUAAAUGUGGGUGGCAUAAAUGCUGCACUAAGCGGUAGUGACCCCUUUAUGAGUGGAGUCGGUAUUAGUAGUAAAAAACAUCAUACGAAAACACGCCAGGGAGGCCAAAGACGUAAUAAUAAAUUUGAGACUCAAAUUCAAUUAACCGACGAUGGACAGGAGCAUGAGCAGACAUUAGAAAAUUCAGCUUCAUUGAAAAAGAAACGUGCUUUAUCGCAGUACCAAAGCAUUGGCAGUUUAGAUGCCAGCAGUACAAAUAAGGAUACUAGUCAUACGCCCGUUGAAAGUCAUUACAUAUUUGGGGGACCAGACAGUAACAGUGGCAUGCAUAAUGAUUAUUUUGAUUCAAACUCUGAGGUACUUUUGACACAUCCCGUCAAAAUGGAAGAUGAACUGGAAUUGAUGAAACAAAAUGCUUUAUACUCACAAAAUAACGAUGUUCUGACAUCAGCACAGAGUCACAAUCAUUUGGAUGGUGCCGACUUGAUGCCUGUACAGGCUUUAGCCAUACCAGUACGUCUGUUCUUACUGAAGCCAGAACGUCUGCCCUGUCAUGAGGAGUUGAGUGAUCCCACAGAAUUGCCUCUGUCCCGAGAUCUUAUGGAUGCUCGCAGUAGUAAUGUGCAAGUGUUAUCAGCCUCUACUAAUGGCUCAAUAAGUAAACAUGCCUUUAAUAUUUUAUGGCUGAUAUUGGCCAUUGUUUAUGGCACUCAAGUUGGCUAAGAAGGUAUUAAGGCAUCUUAACUAACACUCUCACACACACACAACAUUUUUUAGUUUGAUUUUUACAUAAAAGGGUUUGAAUUGUAAGAAAGAGAAAAAAAAAAUAAUUGAAAAACAAAAUAACGGGUUUAUUGCAUACAAAAUAAUUAAUUUCAUUAAGGGGUCAUUAAGAUUUUUUCACUAAUAUUAAAAAAC